AUGUCUACAAAUUCGUCAACCUCUGCUCCGGUUUCUCGAGUACCCUCUAUACCUCGUCCACCACCCUCGCCUCUUCGGUCGGCGUCAGGAGUGUCGGGACUCCCUCCCUCAAGCAAUCUCAACAACUCCCAAAGCAUACCCACAGCAUCAAUACCUGGCCCGUCAAGGCGACCCUCUGGACCUGACACACCUCCUCCCCCUGCGCAGAAGACCCGUGCAAGAGAUCUACUGAGGAAGCAUUAUGGAUUGGGAGUUGGGCCUCCGCCUCCACGUGGAAAUUCGCAGGAUCCUAUGGACUUGAAUUCAGCAGCCUUCAACGCGAGGAGCUACUAUGAGCAAUUAAUAACCACUUCGACGCUUCCUGCUUUGAUGAAGAGGGAGAACGAGUUGCUCAGCGAAAUACGCCAGCUCGAUAGCGAACGACAGUCCUUGGUCUACAAUCAUCACCAUGAGCUCAUCGCUGCCUCUGACACAAUAUCUGCCAUGAAAACAAGAGCAGAAAGUCUGGACGGCGACCUGGACCUACUCAGACAAGCAUUCUCCGAAAUUUCGCGUCUAGCUGCCGAAGUAUCGACAGAGAAUUCAAAGAGUCAACGCACGCCGAACUCGAGAACUCGGUGA